GAUCUUGGACGACACAGACGUCGGAUGUGUCGCUUUAAAAACCUUUUGAUGUCACGUGACGGGAGUGUGGGCGUGUUGACAACGUUCAACAUGGCGUCUCACGGUAGUUGGCUGUUCUGUUUACGGACUCUAUCGUUGAGCAUCUUAUUUGACUGCACGUAUUGCCAUUUUCACCGUGUUCUCGGAAAUGAUGUCGAUAGCUGUAAAAGUCUACGCUUGGGACAGUAUCUUUGCAAAGAACCACGGAUAGAUGAUGCCACUCAAGAACCUGCGAACUGCAAGGACAUGAUAGCUUGGGUGGAAUGCCUACCUGCUCCGAAUGUCAGCUGCCGCUUGUCCAACGGGACAGAGUUUCGGUUCAGCGGAGAGGAAGUGGGCUUCAACCAGAGCAUCCCCUGCAGGAAUGUGAGCGGUUACUCCUACAAAAUAGCAGUGGCCUUGUCCCUCUUCCUGGGGUGGUUAGGUGCUGAUCGCUUCUACCUGGGAUACCCAGCUUUAGGGCUGCUCAAGUUCUGCACUGUGGGCUUCUGUGGGAUUGGGAGCUUGGUGGAUUUCAUGUUGAUCUCAAUGCAGAUAGUGGGUCCAUCGGAUAAGUCUGACUACAUAGUGGACUACUACGGUGCCAGACUCACACGCCUCUCCAUCACCAACGACACCUAUAGAAGAACCCAGAUCUCACCCUGAGGGGCGAAAGUGAAAUACAACAACAUGCUGUCUGAAUGCUGUCGUUUUAAAUGAUGCCCCUCUUUUGGCAUCCUAUUUUUCACCUGACCAGCACAUACAAACUAUUCCGAGUCCACUUCUCCUGUCUGCAUGUACCCCCAAUGUCAGGAGUAGAGCCUGUGAAGCGAGACUUAGUCUCUCCUUGCUUCUUUGUCCUUCAUUCCUUGUCUUCUCCUCAAAAUGCAUUUGAACAAUUGGAUACCACGAAAUUGGGGAGAAAAAGGGGUAAAAUAAAACAUUUAAAUAAAAAAAAUGCAUUUGAACGUCAAAUCUGAGGAGAUGAGGAUACAAGGAAAGACUUGAGAUUCACCCGUGGCCACGAGCUCAUUUCCCGGAGGGUUACAGUACAGGCUUUUGUUCCAACACAACAUUAGGCACACCGUGUAGCUCUCCAGUACCAGUGGGUUGAUGACCACCACCAUAGCACUUCAAGUCAUCGUUGUUAUACUCCUAUGAGAAUCUAGAAUCUGCACUGAGAACAGUGUACUGUAAACAUAAUGUCAUCUGUGGUUUUUGAGUAUGUCUGGCAGCAAGGGAACUAAUUGUACUGUAUGACUGUCUUUUUGCUUUCAUUUUGUCAUUUGAGAUUUUGGUAAAUAAAGUGAUCAUUUAAUGAACA